AUGAAGCUUAAUUCUACCACGCGCCUUAGUAAGUCUUGUGACAAUUGCCGAAGAAGAAAAAUCAGAUGCAAUAGAGGAAGACCAUGUUCCCAAUGCUUGAAAUCAAACUCGAAGAAGUGCAAUUAUAAUGACUGGCUUGCGUCUUCUCUUUCCAUGAGUGAUUUUGAGCCUCAACUAGUCCAUUCUAUCUCUGAUAAGGCACAACUUGAUACAUUAAUUCACAAUGAGACAAAAUCUAAAAACCAAAAUGAACAGUUAGUCACAGUUGAGUCAAGCAACACAAAUAUAGAACGUUGCAAGCAUCAGUCACCACAGACUACUUAUCCCAGACAAAACGAGAAUGAUCCCAAUAGAAAUUCUGACGGAACCAAAAUUUGCAAGCAGGAAAAUAACGAUAAAGACACUUUUCAAGAACUCAAAGUAGACAUUUGCAUAAAAAAAGAGUGGGAUUUUAGUAUAUAUCUGGAGUUCUCUUCAACACGUAGGCGAAAUGAUCAGACAUUUAACUAUGGCCCGUAUGCUUGGCAAAGUCUAAUUGACUAUGAUUGUUGCCUAAAUAGAUUGAGAACUUUUAUUACCAAUACUGAAAAAGAUAUAGUUCUUUCUGGAAUCAAAUUUACCUCCAAGGAUUUGAGUAAUGCCGCUAAGCCGCGAAAUAAUAAUAGAACUUUUCACACCGAAAAAGACUUCAAGCGUAACAUUUUAAAAAGCGAAGGAUAUGAAGAAAAGAUUGGCCUGUCUUCCUUAAAUUCAAAAGAUUCUCUAAUGAGAAUCCAAAAUGACAACUCAUCAAACUUUUUGAAGAACUUUGAGGAAAAUGUAAUAUGUAUUCUACCUAAACAAAAAGUUAUUUGGAACUUAGUUCAUAUUUUUUUUAGAGAAGUUUACUUGUUUAUUCCGAUCUUGGACGAAGAAGACUUCAAAAACGAUCUAUUUGCAGUAAUAGGAAAAGAAGAAUAUGGAGAACAUGGUAUACUGACUUUAUCAAUAGAAAAACAAGUCGAUUUAGCAACUUUGGGUGCACUAUUCUUGGUACUUCGCUUAACUUAUUGCUUCAUAUCGAGCAAGGCGAACAACAAGGAUUUAAACUUCUCGAAUACCUGUCUUGAAAAUAAUGAAAUUGAAUAUUUGCUAAGUAAUCCUAUUAAUAUAGCUGUGGUCGAUAUGUCUUUAUUCUGCUUAAAUGAGUUUUCAUUAUUCAAGAGAUCAAACCUAAAAGUUUUGCAGCUUGCUAUGCUCUUCAAAGUGUAUCAAAGGAAUGGACCAGAGACAGGUGCUGGUGCAGAUGAUUGUAACUCGCUUAUGGCACUUCCCGCCCUCUUUUAUAUGGCAACCUCAUUAGGUUUGAAUAGGAAAAUUGUCCCCUAUCUGAAUGCCGAUAGAAAGACCAUUCAUCUAAAUAGAAAGAUUUGGUAUCAGCUAGUGUUUUGGGACGUAAGGCAGUCAUUUAAUACCGGUUGUCCGUUACAAGUGGAUGAAUCUCAUUACGAAACCCCUUUUCCUGAAUUUGGCUUUAGUUCAAAUGUAAUUAAUCAAGAGAUUGAGAAUAAGUGUAUUGAGGUGCUUUAUGUAACUAGAAAGUACUAUUUCCCGGUGGCCACAUUGAUACAUGAGACUAUAGGGUUUAAUAAGAGGAAUCGUCUUUCCUACUUGCUAGAUAUGUGUGCAAACUUGGAUGAACGACAUAGGAUUGCUAAUAACGAACUUGUGCAGUACUGCACUCAUAAAACAUCUAAGGUUUCAGAGGUUGAAAAUUUAAAAAGGUGUUUUCAUUUAGAAAUAAAGUGCUACCUUCUUAAAAACUUUUUUUUAUUAUUAUCGUAUUCGGAGAAACGAAAUGAAAAAGAUGUCAAAGAAUAUUGCACUAAAAAAAUUUGUACAAUUUUGGCUAACGAUAUUUUGCCCUUGAUAUCAAUUUUUUUUUACAACAAUGAUUCGUUGUCUUUUUUUGCUUAUCCAGUAAUAGAAAGAGCCUUACAAGUGGCAAGUGUUAUUUUUCUUUCUUUGUUGAUGAAGCUAAAACUCACCCUACUCGCUGAUGAUCUUGGGAAUGGAACAAAGCCAGAAGUACCACAGCUAUGUAUCAUUUUGAAAGAAUCUAAUGAUACACUUAUGCAUUACUGUUCUAUUCUCUCAGAAAAAUAUUGCUAUGCCUGGCAAAUUAUGCAGAUUUCAAAAUUUAUGAUAAAAAUUUUGGAAGCAGAAGAAUCGAAAUUACUCAGCAGCAUAUGUGAACCGUAUCCUUCGUUUGAUACAAAAAUAGACGAAGUCUUGAUAAGAAAUCUUAUUGAGAUAUUUGUAAAAUCCGAGGUACAUAAAUCAGUCAAAACUCGUAAGGGUCAUGCCUCGGACGAUGAACUAAAAGAACAUAAUAAUGGCAAAAGUAAAGUCGAUCUGAAUGUAAAAGAAGGAACCUCGACUGAUAAUACGUUUGUUAAAACAAGCGAUGGUGCCACGAAUUACGGCAUUGAAUGGGCAUAUGCAAAUAGAAUCCACAAUUUUGAUGAUAACAUUUGGAUAACUGAUAUGUUUGGGCAAAACCUGGACUACACAAAAGAUUCCUAUAAUGAAACUUUGAAUGCUUCUGAAAUUUCAGAUGUUAGUUUUUUUGACUAUUUUGGAUUUGAUUAUCCAUAA